UAAUGAAAGUAAUUUCUAACAGGAAGCGGGAGGCUACAGAGUGCUAUAGAUGUGAACUGACGCGGAUAUAAUUCAGCUUUUACCAUCUGAUAUCAAGACAAGACAAUUCUAGACAUCAGAUUUUAAAUCUAACACUUUCUUCUGCGUGAGACAGGUUUCUCCCCUUGGGUCAGGGAGACAUAUCUGAGCUGAAACCAGCAGAACGGAGACAAUAUGUGAGACAGUAUGCCUGCUCAACAAAAAAUCUCCACAUUGUUGAAAUGGCUCUUCAUUGGCGUCACUGUCUUCUCUGUCUUCACUGCCCCCCUGCUGAUUUGGAUCUACAGGCCACAUGAGAUCUUCCAGGAUGCGACUGUGUCCAAUCCAAAACCCAUUAAGCCUCAGAUUCCAGUGCAUCAUUCAAGACAACAGUGUUAUCCUGGACAAAUGGCUCCUCAAAAGCUGUCUAUCGUGGCGGUCAACAGGACAAAGACACUGCUGGUAUCAGCUUAUCAGGAGCACCGCACAGGAAAUAGGGAGGUUCGUGUCAUUGCAGUGGUGCUGAGGAAGGAGACCGUAGCCUACCAUUGCCUCCUCUGUUGUCAGGAUCAACUGCACAUCUCUGACGGUGUCAGCAGUGUCUAUGCUCAUCACUUUGACUUUCCAUAUGGGACAGCAGACAUCAUGUGUCCUAUCCCAUCAGGCUGUGAGACUGUGUCUCAUAUCGCUGUGACCUCUGCUGCAAACAAAUCUGGAGAGUUUGUGGAGGUGAAGAACCAGAAGGUGAAAAGUGACUCCUUUCCAUACAACUUCACUGUCUGCCUCUCCACCAUGUUCGAUUUCACCAACGUGUUACAGCUGGUCCAGAGUUUGGAAAUGCUGCAGUUACUGGGGGUGAACAGGGUUGUCGUCUAUAAGACCAGCUGCAGCCCUGAAACACAGCGCAUACUGGACUACUACACUCACAAAGGUUUAGUGGAGGUGAUUCCUUGGUCUCUGUCCAAAUUUAUUAAUGUAUCUCGGGGCUGGCUGCCUUCACAUGGUCCAGGUGACAUCCACUACCUCGGCCAGAUUCCUGCUCUCAAUGACUGUCUCUACAGAUACAUGUACCAGUCUAAAUAUAUGGCCCUGCAUGACAUUGACGAGCUCAUACUGCCUCAGUCAGUCAACAGCUGGUUGGAAUUGUUGCCACAGUUGGAGAAGAAGUAUGGCGCUGACCAGUGUUACAUGUUUGAAAAUAACGUGUUCCCCAUCACCGUCACGCUGCCUCCUCCCACCUCCCAGACUCUGCCCCUGCAGAACCACCACUGGCAGAAUGUGUCUGGAGUUAACAUCCUGGCUCACCUGUACCAUGAACCCAUCAUUCCAGAAACUCAUUACAGCAACUUCAAGAUCAUUGUCAACCCUCGAGCUGUGUACAGAGCAACCGUCCACGGACUGCUGAAGUCAGUCAAAGGCUGCGCCUGGGUUGACAGGAAUAUAGCACGAAUGUACCACACAAGAGAUCCGAGGCAACCCAAGCUGACACCAAACCAGCUGAUUUAUGACGGCAGACUGCUGAGCUACAGCACCCACCUCAUACCAGCUGUCAAUACUGUACUCAGAGAGAAUGGACUUCUACCAGAGGACAGCAUACAGUAGCCUCCGUUGGUGUGUGCGUGUCUCUACUCAAAGCACCAAAUGCAAAUGUUGUUCACUUAUUGGCCACUAGGUGGAGGUGUAAAUGUCCGUUCAGACUUUAACUCAGGGAGAGGAAUUAUUCUUCAGGGAUUUAUAGUUUAAUCAUUUAAUAGCCUGAUCUGUGUGAACUUUUUUUAAAAAUCAAACUGAAAGUGAGUGAGUGAAGAUCCAGAUCCUUUUCUGUUGCCUGUAAAGGACACAUUAUGUGGACACAAAAAUUAAGACUUAUAUAAAAUUACAUGUGCAAAUUUAGCAAGUUUAUUACACAAGUAACAAAGGAGUUUUUAUUCCUAUUGUACUUGAUGCAGGGUACUCUGAAUCUUUGGCCAGGGUGGUUGACAACAUGUUGCAUGUCGACUGCAACUGUUCUGUUUUGCGGUAUCAGCUCUUGAGCUACAAAAAAACAUCCUGCAAAUGAAGAAGAAAUUGCUUCAAGAUGCAGAGACAACAGAAGUGAGCUGCAAAUGUCACCAGCUAAUCUGUGUUUGCGGGAGAUUUUACACUGCAGAGAGAGUUGCGUUUAUUUCUUACAGUACGGUAUGAAUCAUUUUCUUGGGUGACUGAACGUUGACAGUAAGUAAUCAUGAUUCACAAACAACAAAUCAACUGUCAACAGCCAUUUCCACAGACACAAACAGUUCUGGAGAAACCUUUUAAAUAAGAAAAAUCAAAAGAAACAAAGCACACUGACUGAGCAGAGAUCAACAUGAUGAGGAAAUGUGUCUGUGCCACAAACUGCAUGAAAUAUGAAGUGAAGAGCUGGAGAAUGUUCAGUCGUCACAGAAAGAAACCACCUCUGUCAGCUCAGAGAAAGUUAGAAAUUUAUCUGAUCUGAUCAUCGCUCUGUUUUUUAUGUGUAUGUAGCAGUUUAUUAAAUAAUGCAGAAGUCUGUCAGGCUCUGCGAUCACCACUUUGGUUAUCGGAUCACACAUUUUCAGAGUGUGUGUGUGUUACUGGGCAGACUCAUAAAUUUAAAUAUGUCACUUUUACACUGAUAAUUAUGGGGUUCAAAAUUGUGUCCGUGUGUCACUUAACAUGUGACAAAACAUUUGUUGUGUCAAUAUGACUUUUAAACUGUUGUUCAGUCACCUUGAAUUGAAUUGAAUUGAAUUGAACUGAACUGAACUGAACUGAACUGAACUGAACUGAAUUGAAAUUGAACCUUGUUGUACUCCCUGUCUGACUGUGUAGAUUCCAUCUGUGAACAGGAACAGACUCAGAAAAUUCUAAGUUAAACAGGAGGAAGGAAACACUCUAACCACAACAUUAACAUUUAAAUUAAAAAAAAUAUGUACAGCU